AUGAGUCUGGUUUACCCGACCGGUGGCGCUGUCACCGCAUUGAGCGUCGUCGGACUGUAUAUGCUCUUUAACGGCGAAGGCGAACGGUUCAAUGUUGGACAAUUUCUCGAGUCAAUCUCGCCGUAUGCCUGGGCGGAUCUUGGAAUUGCGUUAUGUAUAGGGCUGUCAGUGGUGGGAGCUGCAUGGGGCAUUUUUAUCACUGGAACAUCCAUCCUCGGUGGCGGAGUGAAAGCGCCUCGGAUACGAACCAAAAACCUGAUCUCCAUCAUCUUCUGCGAAGUCGUCGCCAUCUACGGUGUCAUCAUGUCCAUCGUCUUCUCCUCCAAGAUUGCCCCAGUGGCAGAAGAGAAUUUGUACACCGGAGCGAAUUAUUAUACAGGCUACGCAAUUUUCUGGGCCGGCAUGACUGUCGGCAUGUGCAACCUGAUAUGCGGUGUCAGUGUUGGGAUCAAUGGUAGCAGUGCUGCGUUAGCAGAUGCAGCCGAUGCUAGCUUGUUCGUCAAGGUGUUGGUCAUCGAAAUCUUCUCCAGUGUGUUGGGUCUGUUCGGACUCAUUAUCGGCCUGCUGGUCAACGGCAAGGCUCCCAUUUUUGAAUGA